GCCUAAAGCAGUGCAGUCAUACAGUUUACGCAUUUCGGCUGAGCGCCUUAAUCAUAACCUGGAAGUUUGUUGCAGCUGAAUCCUACCUUACUCCAGGGGUUCCAGAGCAGCGGACGAUCAUCACUUUGAUCUGGGUGAUCAUUGACAAGACUGGAACAUCAACGUGACCAGAAAUGGCAGGGAACAAGGUAUGCUGCAAGCCAGAUCUCUUCACUGUUGGAGUAUGUCUUGUCAUUGCCGUGUUGUGCAUAGCUGGAAUUUCUUUCAUAAUCAUUGGGACAUUCUACUUGGAUGAGUGUGCGCUGGAGAGACACAUCCCUGUCUACGUGCUGGUACAAGGAGUACUCUUCUUCUUAAUGGGAUGCACGCUUGUGAUUCUACUUUCAAGUGACAAGUUAAUCUUGUUUUUCUUGUUCUUCUGCACACUGUGUAUCUUCUGGUUCUGUUGGCUGAUAUCGGGAAGCAUUUGGGUUUUCCGUCACUACCUUUCGUACCACGAACAGUGCCAUGAUGUUUUGUACCUCUUUGCAUUUUGGACCCUUAUUGUACAGUACAUUGGCUUAGGUAUUGCGUUUUUGGCCUCCUUCAUUUACUGCUGCUUUUUUUGUAUCAUGCUGUGGGCUUGUUUGGCUGUUCAUGGUUAAACAAAAGAAAUUUGAAGAAGUUGCUACAUUUCGGUACUAAGUCCUGAACAGAACUUUAACAGAGGACUGAGGAAAGUUUAAUGCUAAAGGGAUAUGGAAUUAACUUUACAUACGAUGCAAAAUGCAUAAAAGCCAUUGAAUGAUCUUGAAGGGCUGAAAUUCCCCAAGUGGCGCCAACUAAUUUAUUUAACACGCCUGGUCAUCAAAACUAUUGUAAAACAGCAAUAUAGUGACCAAAAGAAGCUCUGUGGUGAAUGCUGCUGCCGAUGGAGAGCACUUGGUACCCUGCUUUGUGGAACUGUAAAGCACUUGUUUAAUACAAGCCUAAAAACUACUCAAGGGGUAUCCAAGACCUCAAUAUCUCAACACUGUGCAUGAUUGCUACUAAUUUCAUUUGCACUUUAAUGGUUUCUCAUGGAAAACAGACAAUUAUGUGCUUGCUGCAUUUCAGUUCAUAUGUUUUUAACUAUCUAAAUAAAACCAGCUUUUUUUUUUUCAAAAC